AUGAAUGCGUCACCCAGAAAUUCCAACCUCUGCGGUGUUCAGACCAAGGCGAGCCCCCCGGACCAAGGCGCGCCCCCGGACCAAGGCGCGCCCCCGGACCAAGGCGCGCCCCCGGACCAAGGCGCGCCCCCGGACCAAGGCGCGCCCCCGGACCAAGGCGCGCCCCCGGACCAAGGCGCGCCCCCGGACCAAGGCGCGCCCCCGGACCAAGGCGCGCCCCCGGACCAAGGCGCGCCCCCGGACCAAGGCGCGCCCCCGGACCAAGGCGCGCCCCCAGGCCAAGGCGCGCCCCCGGGCCAAGGCGCGCCGCCGGGCCAAGGCGCGCCCCCGGGCCAAGGCGCGCCCCCGGACCAAGGCGCGCCCCCGGACCAAGGCGCGCCCCCGGACCAAGGCGCGCCCCCGGACCAAGGCGCGCCCCCGGACCAAGGCGCGCCCCCGGACCAAGGCGCGCCCCCGGACCAAGGCGCGCCCCCGGACCAAGGCGCGCCCCCGGACCAAGGCGCGCCCCCGGACCAAGGCGCGCCCCCGGACCAAGGCGCGCCCCCGGACCAAGGCGCGCCCCCGGACCAAGGCGCGCCCCCGGACCAAGGCGCGCCCCCGGACCAAGGCGCGCCCCCGGACCAAGGCGCGCCCCCGGACCAAGGCGCGCCCCCGGACCAAGGCGCGCCCCCGGACCAAGGCGCGCCCCCGGACCAAGGCGCGCCCCCGGACCAAGGCGCGCCCCCGGACCAAGGCGCGCCCCCGGACCAAGGCGCGCCCCCGGACCAAGGCGCGCCCCCGGACCAAGGCGCGCCCCCGGACCAAGGCGCGCCCCCGGACCAAGGCGCGCCCCCGGACCAAGGCGCGCCCCCGGACCAAGGCGCGCCCCCGGACCAAGGCGCGCCCCCGGACCAAGGCGCGCCCCCGGACCAAGGCGCGCCCCCGGACCAAGGCGCGCCCCCGGACCAAGGCGCGCCCCCGGACCAAGGCGCGCCCCCGGACCAAGGCGCGCCCCCGGACCAAGGCGCGCCCCCGGACCAAGGCGCGCCCCCGGACCAAGGCGCGCCCCCGGACCAAGGCGCGCCCCCGGACCAAGGCGCGCCCCCGGACCAAGGCGCGCCCCCGGACCAAGGCGCGCCCCCGGACCAAGGCGCGCCCCCGGACCAAGGCGCGCCCCCGGACCAAGGCGCGCCCCCGGACCAAGGCGCGCCCCCGGACCAAGGCGCGCCCCCGGACCAAGGCGCGCCCCCGGACCAAGGCGCGCCCGGGGCGCGCUCCCGGACCCAGGCGCGCCCCGGACCAAGGCGCGCCCCCGGACCAAGGCGCGCCCCCGGACCAAGGCGCGCCCCCGGACCAAGGCGCGCCCCCGGACCAAGGCGCGCCCCCGGACCAAGGCGCGCCCCCGGACCAAGGCGCGCCCCCGGACCAAGGCGCGCCCCCGGACCAAGGCGCGCCCCCGGACCAAGGCGCCCCACACGGACCAAGGCGCGCCCCCCGGACCAAGGCGCGCCCCCGGACCAAGGCGCGCCCCCGGACCAAGGCGCGCCCCCGGACCAAGGCGCGCCCCCGGACCAAGGCGCGCCCCCGGACCAAGGCGCGCCCCCGGACCAAGGCGCGCCCCCGGACCAAGGCGCGCCCCCGGACCAAGGCGCGCCCCCGGACCAAGGCGCCCCACACGGACCAAGGCGCGCCCCCCGGACCAAGGCGCGCCCCCGGACCAAGGCGCGCCCCCGGACCAAGGCGCGCCCCCGGACCAAGGCGCGCCCCCGGACCAAGGCGCGCCCCCGGACCAAGGCGCGCCCCCGGACCAAGGCGCGCCCCCGGACCAAGGCGCGCCCCCGGACCAAGGCGCGCCCCCGGACCAAGGCGCGCCCCCGGACCAAGGCGCGCCCCCGGACCAAGGCGCGCCCCCGGACCAAGGCGCGCCCCCGGACCAAGGCGCGCCCCCGGACCAAGGCGCGCCCCCGGACCAAGGCGCGCCCCCGGACCAAGGCGCGCCCCCGGACCAAGGCGCGCCCCCGGACCAAGGCGCGCCCCCGGACCAAGGCGCGCCCCCGGACCAAGGCGCGCCCCCGGACCAAGGCGCGCCCCCGGACCAAGGCGCGCCCCCGGACCAAGGCGCGCCCCCGGACCAAGGCGCGCCCCCGGACCAAGGCGCGCCCCCGGACCAAGGCGCGCCCCCGGACCAAGGCGCGCCCCCGGACCAAGGCGCGCCCCCGGACCAAGGCGCGCCCCCGGACCAAGGCGCGCCCCCUGAGUAGACCACUUAUUAAACUCACCUGGUAA